AUGAGUUAUUCUCAGCAAACUAGAAGAAACAGAGCACUCUCCUCUGUUUCCACACUUCUCCUAAGCUUCCUCCUCUGCAUCUCCAAGCCAUCAAACGCUCAGUCUUCUUCUCCGGUGUUCGCAUGCGACGUAGCCGGAAACCCUUCUCUCGCCGGGUUCGGAUUCUGCAACACGGGGUUGAAAGCUGAAGCACGAGUCACCGAUCUUAUCGGAAGAUUGACGUUGGAGGAGAAAAUAGGGUUUCUUGUGAGCAAUGCUAGUGGCGUGAGCCGCCUUGGGAUUCCUUAUUAUAAUUGGUGGUCGGAGGCACUUCACGGUGUCUCUUCUGUGGGCCGUGGUAGUGAUUUCUCCGGUUUAGUCCGUGGCGCCACAAGCUUCCCUCAAGUCAUACUCACCGCUGCUUCCUUCAAUAUAUCUCUGUUCCAAGCCAUUGGCAAGGUUGUGUCGACAGAAGCUAGAGCAAUGCACAACGUUGGACAAGCUGGAUUAACAUUCUGGUCACCCAACGUGAACAUAUUCCGGGACCCAAGAUGGGGGAGAGGGCAAGAGACCCCCGGCGAGGACCCGACGCUCACGAGCAAGUACGCGGUGGCUUAUGUUAAAGGUCUUCAGGAGACUGACGGUGGAGAUCCUAACCGUCUAAAAGUUGCUGCUUGUUGCAAACAUUACACCGCCUAUGAUCUUGACGAAUGGAAAGACGUCUCUCGUUUUACAUUCAACGCCGUUGUGAACCAGCAAGAUAUGUAUGAUACGUUUCAACCACCGUUCAAGAGCUGUGUGGUUGAUGGGAAUGUGGCUAGUGUCAUGUGUUCUUACAACAAAGUUAAUGGUAAACCGACAUGUGCUGAUCCUGAUCUGCUUUCUGGUGUGAUCCGUGGUCAAUGGAAGUUAAAUGGGUACAUUGUUUCGGACUGCGAUUCAGUAGAAUUUAUGUAUACGAGACAACACUAUACCAAUACUCCAGAGGAAGCUGUGGCGAAGUCUAUGUUGGCAGGUUUGGAUUUGAAUUGUGAUCAUUACGCAGGUCAACACGCCAUGGAAGCGGUUAAGACCGGUUUAGUAAACGAAUCAGCUAUUGACAACGCGCUUUCAAACAACUUCGCGACUCUGAUGCGUUUAGGAUUCUUCGAUGGUGACCCAAAGAACCAGCCCUACGGUAAUCUCGGUCCUAAAGACGUUUGCACAGCUGAGAACCAAGAACUCGCUAGAGAAGCCGCAAGACAAGGCAUUGUCUUGCUCAAGAACUCUCCUGGUUCACUUCCCUUCUCACCUUCUGCGAUCAAAACGUUGGCAGUGAUCGGACCAAACGCUCAUGAUGUCAACCAGACAAUGAUAGGAAACUACCAUGGGGAACCUUGCAAGUACACAACACCACUUCAGGGACUGACACAAACGGUUUCAGCAACAUACAGCCCGGGAUGCUCUAAGGUGGCGUGCACGGAAGCGGAUAUAAACUCAGCAACAGCUUUGGCGGCUUCUGCUGACGCGGUUGUGCUCGUGAUGGGCUUAGACCAAACCAUUGAGAGGGAGGACCUUGACCGAGUCAACCUGAAUCUUCCCGGAAAACAGCAAGAGCUUGUGACAGAAGUGGCUAGAGCAGCGAAAGGACCAGUGGUGCUAGUCAUCAUGUCUGGUGGAGGGUUUGACAUUACCUUCGCCAAGAACGAUGAGAAGAUCACAAGCAUCAUGUGGGUCGGGUAUCCCGGCGAAGCCGGUGGUUUAGCCAUUGCUGACGUCAUCUUCGGUCGUCAUAACCCGAGUGGACGGUUACCAAUGACGUGGUAUCCUCAGACGUAUGUUGAGAAAGUUCCGAUGUCGAAUAUGAACAUGAGACCCGACGAAGCAAACGGAUACCCGGGUCGGACUCACCGGUUUUACGCGGGAGAAACAGUGUACGCCUUCGGAGACGGGAUAAGCUACAGUAAGUUCAGCCAUCGACUAGUGAAAGCCACACGUCACCUCUCUCUCAGGUUAGACGAGAGCCACGUUUGUCAAUCUUCUGAAUGUCAGUCACUGGACGCGGUGGGACCACACUGCGAGAGCGUCGUUGAAGUCCACGUGGAAGUAAGCAACGUUGGAGACAGAGAAGGGAGUCACACGGUGUUAAUGUUCACGUCGCCGCCGGCUGUACACAGAUCGCCGAUCAAGAAUCUAGUAGGGUUCGAGAAGGUUGGUUUGGGGAAGAGUGAAGAGGUGACGGUUAGGUUUAAGGUGGAUGUUUGUAAAGAUCUGAGUGUGGUUGAUGAAACAGGGAAGAUGAAAGUAGCUUUGGGGGAACAUGUUCUCCAUGUCGGAAGCUUGAAACACUCCUUGACCAUUAGUAUCUGA